AUGAAUACUGCAAAUAAAGCAACAAGAAUAACACUGUUAUUAGCAAAUAUUUGUUGCAGAAUACUAUUCUUUUAUUUCUUUUGGUUAGCUUCUGUGGAUGGAGAUACAUCCUUAUAAAAUAGACAAUAUGCUUUUAUUAAUGAAAUGUGGGCUUGGGAAUAAUAUGCAUAUUCAUCUAUUCAAGCCUAUUCUUCAAAUGAAUGUCCUGAAGAUUGGAUAUUACUUACAUCCUUUAAUUGGCCAGGUACUAAGGAACAUAUAAAUUCUAAAGGAGAAUUGAUACCUAAAUAAUCACCCUAAAGUUUUCAUUAAUGGAGUACUAGCGAAUAUUAAAUUGGCUUUAUCUUAUGUGGAUAAUAAAUAAAACAUAAUGUAAUUGAAUCAAUCAAUUCAACAGACAAUUGUGAAGAUAGGAACAUGAAGGAUUGUGGAAUAGACAAGAUGUAUUUUUGUAUAGAUUCUGAUCUCACUUGUCCAAUAAAUAGUAUAUAAUUAGAAAUAAAUGAUGGAAAUAUAUAAGUGAUUACAACCAAUAAAGAAACAAAUAAGGAUAAUAUGCCUAUUAGUUUAAUUCGUAUAGAUUCAUAUAUACCUUGUGCAACAAAAAAUGAAACUAAUGCAUAACCAGAAAUAGAAUAUGAUGAAAAUCUAGAUGAAUAACCUCAAUCUUGUAUGGAUUUAGAUAAAGAGUAUAUUGAAGUUAAUAGCAUUACUGAUAAAUUAUACUUUUAAAUAAAUAAUGCUGGAGAUAUAUUUAUUGAUUCAGAUGGAACAAAAUGUAUUUAUAAUAUUUAAGUAGCUUUGUUCUAUAAACCAUACCCCUUUUGGAAUUAGGAAUGUAAUGGAGAAAUGUUUUUGAUAGCUUAAAAACAAUAAGAUACAUUAUCAAACUAUAGAAAAACUGAAUAUGCUAAUUUCAUAUUAGUAAUUGUUUAUUUAUUAAUUUGCAAUUAUGGAUUACCCAUGAUCCCAUAUAUUUUUAGAUGUGUUGGUAUUACUUAUGUUUUUAUUCAGGUCCAUUGAGUCUCAAGACUCUAACAUAUUUAGAUUAUUUACUGAGACUUGCAUUAUCUGGCACAAUGACCUAUUUAUCAUUUGUUAAUUUAGAUUAUGGGAUGCAAUUACUAGAUAGUUUGGAUGAACUUUGGGGAAUGUAGUGCAUAAAAGAUGAAGAAGUAGUAAUUUAAGAUCAAUACAGACUAUUUAUGGUAGAUUUGCAGAUCAAAUUGAAAAACAAAGAGCUUUAGAUAUUGUAGCAAUAACAUUUUCAUUUGUGCUAUGGGCAAUCGAAGGAUCUUUGUUGUGGCUACUAGGUUGUUAAGAAACCAUUAAAUAAUGCAAACGAGGUUAUAGAAGAUUAAAGAUUAAGAAAGAUGCAGAUAAGGCUUUUGAUACAUUAAAUCAAAGUCAAUAAGUAUAAUGAACAUUUAUUUAUAUAAUUUUAUUAAUAAAUGUUUAAAUUUGGAAAGGAGAAAUUCACAAAAAAAUCUUUACCUAAGAAUUUUGCAGAUCAAAUUCUUAAUCUUGAAAUGGAAAUAGAAUUAAAUGAUCAAAUUUAAAUUGAACUCAUUUAAGAUUUGAUUUCAUUAUAUAUGGUAAAAUCAUUUUAUAUAAUUCCAUAUAGGAAGGAGUAGAAUAUUAUGAAUCCAUUAAGGAUAGAAGACAUCUAUACUUUUAAAGAAAAUUAAAUGCUUUAAUGUUAAAACCUUCCUUUAUUAAUGCAACUACUAAAUAUGAAGAAUCUCAUAAACCACAAGAUGACAAUCAAAUUAAAAGAGCAAAAUUUUAAGAAUAAACUAAAAGAAUUGAAUUAGAUCUAAUUUACAGUUAAACUGAAUCAAAAGAGGUAUUAUAUCCUUUUUUUGAUUGAGGCUUAAGUUAAAGGAAUUGUUGACAAUCACACAAAUUAAGUCAUCAAAAUAGAGACUAUCAUUAAAAAUGAAAUUGCAAAUUAAUCAGAUGCAUUUCAAAUGCGUCUAGAACGACGUCGUAGAUCUAAAUUGACACAUUCUCUUAGUCAACCUGAAAUUGAUCUACAAUCUUAAAAAUCUGGUAAUAGCAAUAAAAAAAAAUAAAUUGAAUUACAUGAAUAAGUAGGUAUUAAUUAAAUAAUUUCUAUUUUAGUUUAAAUCAAAUAAAUAAUACAUGAAGAAGAUGAAACAGCAGCAAAUAGAAAAGAUUCCACAUUAUAAAAGACUUAAGAAAAAAAAUGGGAAAUUAUCCAUUCUGCAUAAAUAAUGCAAGAGAAUAAGUAAAUUCCAAUUUAUUAAACUUAAGAAAACGAACUAAUAGUUUGAUUCAAAGAAGAAGAUCUGUGUUUCUGACUUCAAAACAAAUUACAUAAAUUAAAAGAUCCUGGAGUUGUGGAGCUACUAAACCUUUAGAGGAUGAACCCCCCAAAAAUAAUUGA